AUGCAGGAUGAAGAAGACUUUGCACUUGCAUGGAUUGGCACUGAGGAUGUUUCAAAAGCUCUUCGAAUUGAAGAAAUCAAUCGCGUUCUCUCUUACAAGAUGACAAAUCGCACUCUCGGGAGAGAUAAAGCUCCAAUCUGCAUCGAGCUCAACAAGCCACCCUUGGAUCCAUUGGGCAAUGAAGGUGCUCAAGAAGCCGACCCCGAAGAUAGUCAUACAAUCUUGAUCGGUCCUGACUAUGACACCUACCCUCAAAGAUCUCCCUUAAGAAGUCUACCAUCUGACAGUGAUGACUUGGAAGAAGUUUCAACUUCUCAUCUCGAAGAUCUGUCUCGUGCCAUUGUUCCGCUUAUCCAACCCAUAGAUGAGACUCCAAUCAAGCAAGGAAAGGAAAGUAUGCGUGAGGGCAAACUAGAAGCUUCACCAAUUCUUCUUAGCUCUGCUAGUGGUGGAAAACGGGAAGCACCACCUCAAGAUGAUCACAUGGACACAUCACCAACAAACAUUGAGGAAGAAUCCCCUGCAGAGUCCCCACGGACUAUCAUGAACUUCAUGAGAGGAACUGUUCAUUCAGCCGAGACCAUCCAUAGGCAAUAUCUUGCUUUACGAGAAAAGGACACGAAAGUUAUGGAUGAUCUAUGCAAGAAGGUCGAUUUUCUGAUAGCAGCACAAUCUAAACCUCGAUCUCCACCUCCAGCACAGCCUCAACCGCAGCAACAAAGCCAAUCAGAUCACAAGCUCCUUGAGCGAAUGACAAAGAAACUUUAUGAUCUCGAAGCUUCUUUGAACAAAGUUGCGCGACAACAGCACGAAAUCAAACACUCUCAUUUUGGUCUCAAAGAGCGUGUGGAUUUGGCCUGUACAAAGAUUGACACAUAUCAGGACAAUUCGUACCAACUGGGCGAAUAUGCACUUCAAAUUCUCGGGUAUGCUCAGGAUAUCUUGCUUACAAUCAACAAGGUCUCCUCCAUUCCUUCUACCACCUGUGCUGAUGAUGCCAAAAAGGGGGAAAAGAGAAAUGAUGACAAAGAUGAGGAUGAUGAUCAGCCGAGAGAUAGCAUGAAAGAUCAAGCUCGUGAAGCACGACACUCUCCCUCUCGGACACCAAGAGACUAUGACCAAAGGAACACGAAUCCAUCUCAUCCACCUUCCAAGUCUCGUGGUUACCACUCCUCGAAGUCAAGAUAUCAUGGUCGAUACCAAUCCUCCAAACAAAUUAAGCCUCGACAAUCAUUUGGUUCUGAAGCCAAAUACAUCUUCACAGGACUGCCUAAGAGAGAACAUACGAAAUUAAGGCAGAAACUUAUGAGAGAUAACAAAGUAACUAUGGAUGGCAUAGGAAACUUUGUGGACUUCGUCCCAUAUGAAGAAGGCAGUGGCAAACGAUUCGAGGGUUGCAAUAAUCCCAUUUGGUUGAAAACAAAAGACAAUUAUACAAGACAAAAUCACAUGAGCACUCAAAAUGAGAGAAUCAAAAGAGCAAACAAAGAACUGUGGAGGAAGCACGAUGAAGAAAGAAAGAGAAAAGAAGAUGAAGCAAUGGAAAGAGAAAGGAUCAGGAAUCUCAUUGAAGACCUUUCUAAUAUGGAAGCUGAAGACGAGAUUGAGAUGGAUGGAUUUCAAAGUGAUGAUGAUGAGGAUGGGUCUGAUAGAGAAAUGGCAGAUGAUGACGACGAUGACUCGCCCGAUGAUGAUUUUAGUGACGAUGAAGAGUUGCAGUCACCCAUUAUCGAGAUUGAGAAAGAGAAAUUGGAGAAGGCAUCAGCAUGCUGA